AAUGAGAGUUUAAAACUCAGAAAUGGAUUUUGGUGGAACUUGAACAACGGGUCUUAACAUUUAAGGCGAAGAAGAUCCGUUUGGGUUUCGGGCAGAACAGGGGUUUGAGAACUGGCACUGGACAGCGAUGUCGAAUCAUCACCGUUCUUCCUCUAAGAACGGUCUACCACCUCAAGAACUCCUUGAUGAUCUCUGCAGUCGCUUUGUGCUGAAUGUGCCAAAGGAAGAUCUUCAGUCUUUUGAAAGGAUAUUGUUUCUUGUGGAGUAUGCACAUUGGUUUUAUGAAGAUAACUCUGUAGAAAAUAAUCCAUCUCUGAAAUCAUUAAAUCUGAAGGAGUUUACUUCUUUAUUGUUUAACAGUUGUGAUGUUUUAAAGCCUUAUGUGGCCCAUAUAGAUGAUAUUUUCAAGGACUUCACAUCCUAUAAGGUUCGAGUUCCUGUAACUGGGGCAAUAAUUCUUGAUGAAACAUAUGAAAGGUGCUUGCUAGUAAAGGGAUGGAAAGGUUCAAGUUGGAGCUUCCCUCGUGGCAAAAAGAGCAAAGAUGAAGAAGAUCAUGCAUGUGCCAUUAGAGAAGUCAUGGAAGAAACAGGUUUUGAUGUUUCAAAACUUCUUAAAAAGGAUGAAUACCUUGAAGUUAUCUUUGGGCAACAGAGAGUGAGGCUUUACAUUAUCGCUGGAGUAAAAGAUGAUACAUCAUUUGCUCCGCUUACCAAAAAGGAAAUCAGUGAAAUUGCAUGGCACCGGCUUGAUGACCUCCAACCAGCAACUGAUGAAGUGAUAUCUCGAGGGAUCACUGGCCUUAAGCUUUAUAUGGUGGCUCCUUUUCUGGCAUCAUUGAAAUCAUGGAUUUCCACACACCAUCCUGCUAUGGCUCCAAGGCCUGAUUUACCUCUCAAAGGAAUUUGCGUGUGGAAAGCAAAACACAAUUCUAUUGGAAAUAGCUCUACAGUAAUAGAUAGCCAGCCUACAAAACCUGAAUCUGAUUCUCACACCCCUGAUGUGGGGCCUGGCAAGAGCUUUAGGAAUUUCAGAUUUGAUACUGCCUCAAUUUUACAAGCAAUGGAAGCUUCCUUUUCUUCAUGAAACUUCAGCAACCUUCCUGUAAAGUUUCCUGUCACUGAAUUGAUUUCACUCUCCACUCCAAUUAGGAGGUUGCUGUACAUAUUGUUCCUCCAGUUGUCUGGUUGAAUGAGUAUUAUGUACAUUAUAUGUAUAGCAAGUAUUUUGUACCUAAAUAGUAUUUUCAGUUAGUGUGGUAUUUUCUGUAAAACUAGAGAAAAAGUUCAAUGUAUAAGUUAUGCUCCUCCUUCCAUUAGCAAUCAGAGGAAAUGAAACCGAUUUAUAUGAUAA